CUCUCAGCCCGGCGCCCGCCGGCGAGCCCCGCCUCUGCUGCUCGGCUGUGGGGCGCGGGCACCAACCCGCGCUCGUCUCCUACACGUUCCCGCGUCCCCCUCACACCCACCCACUGCUUCCCCGUAAACAUCCAGCUCCCGACUGCCUGCUGUCCGUCCUCGGGGUCACCUUUACGUUCGCGUUCUGCCUGAGCUGGCCCGGACAGCGCGGGCCACGGGUUACGCAGCAACCUCUUGGAGUUUCAGUCACAAAUGCAUAUGUGAUACAUUUUUACUUUUGCCAAUAAGAUGAAAUGCAGAAAUGAAAAUACACAACCAUUGGACAUGAUUCAAUAUGCUUUAUCUUCUACUUUAUGAUACUAAUUAAUAAGGAAAAAAAAGUAUCAACAGAAGGUCCUUCUGUUUAACUUCUUGGAUGAGCUGGAACAUCAAAGGAAGAUUUCUUAUAGCCCAUUCACACCUCAGUUGAACCUUCAACCCUGGUUCAUGAGCACUUUCUCACCAGCCACAUUGUCACCAGAUGCUUCAUCUUCCAGGAUGGCUGACUGUCUCCCCACAGAGUUUGAUGUGGUUGUAAUAGGGACGGGUUUGCCUGAAUCCAUCCUUGCAGCCGCCUGUUCAAGAAAUGGCCACAGGGUUCUGCAUAUUGAUUCAAAAAGUUACUAUGGAGGAAACUGGGCUAGUUUCAGCUUUUCAGGACUGCUUUCCUGGUUGGAUGAGUAUCAGCAAAACAGUGACUUUGGGGGAGAAAUUACUGCUGCAUGGCAAGAUCUGAUCCAUGAAACAGAAGCAGCCAUUGCUCUUUGCAGGAAGGAUGAAACCAUUCAACACAGAGAAGUUUUUUGUUAUGUCAGUCAGGAUACAGAUGAUAAUAUUGAAGAGGUUGAUGUGCUCCAGAAAAAUCCUUUCCCGGUGGCAUCUAGCACCCUCUCUAAACCUCUGGGUUUUGCAAACUUAUCUAAAGAAACACACUCAUCAUACAUCUCAAGCUACAAAAUGCCUGCCAAAGACUGUCCAAAAAGUGAUGGAGAGAUUUCACCAGAAAUAACAGAUGUAGAGGAAACCCUGGCAGAAGAGUAUUGUGGAGAUAAAACAUGUAUACAUACAGCUUUAGAUGGGGCUAUAGAUGAAAACAAACCUGUAAUGGAAGACAAUACUGAUCAAUCAAAGAAAAAUAGGAUUACAUACUCUCAAAUAGUUAAAGAAAGCAGGAAGUUUAAUAUUGAUUUGGCAUCAAAGUUGCUAUAUUCUCAAGGAUUGCUAAUUGAUCUUUUAAUCAAGUCAAAUGUUAGUCAUUAUGCAGAGUUUAAAAAUGUCACUAGGAUUCUUGCAUUUCAAAAUGGAAAAGUAGAGAAGGUGCCUUGUUCCAGAGCAGAUGUCUUUAACAGCAAAGAACUCACUAUGGUUGAAAAGAGGAUGCUAAUGAAAUUCCUGGCUUUUUGUUUAGACUAUGAACAACAUCCUGAUGAAUAUCAAGCUUUCAUGCAAUGCUCAUUUUCAGAGUACUUAAAAACUAAAAACUUGACCCCUAACCUCCAACAUUUUGUACUACACUCAAUUGCAAUGACAUCAGAUUCAUCUUGCACUACAAUAGAUGGCCUCAAAGCAACAAAAAACUUCCUUCAGUGUCUUGGACGAUUUGGCAACACUCCCUUUUUAUUUCCUUUGUAUGGCCAAGGAGAAAUUCCCCAGUGUUUCUGCAGGAUGUGUGCAGUUUUUGGUGGCAUCUAUUGUCUUCGCCGAAAAGUACAAUGCCUUGUGGUCGACAAAGAAUCUGGAAGAUGUAUAGCAAUUAUAGAUUGCUUUGGUCAAAGGAUAAAUGCUAAAUAUUUCAUUGUGGAGGAUAGUUAUCUUUCUGAGGAAACGUGCUUGAAUGUGCAGUAUAAGCAGAUAUCCAGGGCAGUGCUCAUUACAGAUCAAUCUUUACUAAAGACUGAUUCAGAUCAGCAGGUUUCCAUUUUGAUAGUGCCACCACUGGAACCAGCAACUUGUGCUGUUCGGGUCACUGAAUUAUGUUCUUCAACCAUGACAUGCAUGAAAAAUACCUACCUCGUGCACCUGACCUGUUCAUCUUCCAAAACAGCAAAAGAAGACCUAGAGUCAGUGGUAAAGAAAUUGUUCACCCCAUAUGCUGAAACAGGGGAAGACAAGGAAGAACUUACAAAGCCAAGAGUCUUGUGGGCUCUUUAUUUUAAUAUGAGAGAUUCCUCAGAAAUCAGCAGAAGUUCAUAUACUGGCUUACCUUCCAAUGUUUAUGUCUGCUCUGGACCUGACUGUGGGCUGGGAAAUGAGCAUGCAGUCAAGCAAGCUGAAACACUUUUUCAGGAGAUCUUUCCAGGUGAGGAAUUCUGCCCCCCACCUCCAAAUCCAGAAGACAUAAUUUUUGAUGGUGAUGGUAAGCAACCAGAGACUCCUGGCACCAGUAACAUCAUAAUGGUCGAACUAGAAUCCAAUGAGGGAAGCAAAGACCUUGAAAGCUCAGAGAAGCACUUUCAAAAUUAGAAAAAGCCUUCAUCUUGGCAUCAGAAUAUUCUCAUUUAGAGGAUAGUUUCCUGAGUAAUUAGAUGUGGUUAUUACAAUGACUUCAAUGUAGGUACCAUCUUUAAGUUCUCUUGGAGACAUUUAGUCAUUGGAUGUCUCUAUUAACCUAUUAGUAACUGAUUUAUUGAUAACUGGACUUUUUUUUAAGCGGAAUGAGCUCCAUGAUCCAGAAUCUUAAAAUAGAUUCACUUUCUUUUAGUAUAUGUUAGCAGUUGUGCUAAAGAGAAGGUAUUGUAUCUGCUAACAAUCUUCAGAUUUUAUCACUGUCUACAGAAAAAAUAAUAUCUAAGAAUAUUUUACUUUGGCAGCUAUUAUAGUUACCACCUUUGAACAGUGAAACGCAAGAAUAAAAUAUGUGGGUAUUUUGUGCAUAAUAUAGGUAUGUAGAUUGGUGGUGGCAAUAACAACUUAUGCAAGUGCCAAUGAUAUAAUACAUUGUCUGUGAUUAUUAAAAGAUUAUUUUUGCAUGAUUCUUUAUUUGUGAAAUCUGUUGUUUAAAACAAAUCUUACAGUUUAAUUCUCCUAGCUGAUCUUUGUAACUAAUCACACCACAGUCUUCAUUACAAAGAGAAUUCAGCAAGCAAUUGAAGAGCUUUACUACACAAACUUAAAAAAGAAUAGAGUACAAAUGAGA